AUGCCCCCCUCAGAUUCAGAAGUCUCCUCAUUAUCGUCUGCGCCACCGACAGACGACGAAGCUGCCAUGGCUAUCGACGAGCCAGUUGGUAUCGCAAAGUACUUCAAGAAGGAGUCAGAAACACCUCCGCCGAAACGGGAGCCAUCACCACCGCAUGAAUACGUUUUGGCCGACAACCCCGAUAUCGCAUUCAUCGUCACGUUCCGCGCGCGUUUCCAUGAAGUGUUCCCCCGGGGGUUGCCACACUACGGUCCACAGGACAUUGAGACUGGAGUCCAAGAGUCUCCCCCUGGAGAAUAUAUCGAGAGACUUCUUUGCGCGUUGCUUGGACUGGUUCUGAACCGCAAGAAGGAUGUUGAACGUGCGCAUUUUACACGACCUCUUGAAGAAGCAAUUCAUACACACCAGUCGCAGUGGCCCAAGGCAUGGGGAGGCAAGAACCCCCUUCAUGGGGGGCGCAGCUUUGCGACCAUGACCCCCGAGGAACGCAUCCAAUUAUUGAAAGCCUUGAUACUUUGGUCACUUUCAUCGUCUGAAGCGGUCCAGGCAAAGAUUAAAGAAUCAUACAAGCAAUCGCGCCAUGAUGAUGACCUUAACCAGCCGCUGUCUGUUCAGUCCUGGGGCCGAGAUAGCUUGAAACGUCGCUAUUGGCUUAUUGAAGGGCAAGAGGACACACACUUCCGGCUUUAUCGUGAGAGUAACCCGGUUCUCAAGCACAAUACUUGGUGGAGUAUUGCGGGAGAUAUUCCUGAGCUGGAGGCUGUCGCUGCGAAACUCGAGGGAGAGAAAGGCACCAAUUCGAAGAAACUCAGCGAGAAAAUUCGCGCAUCCAUUCCUCGAUUUGAGGCAUCUGAAGAGAAACGGAAACGCCGCGACUAUCGUCUGGCAAGAAAAGCUGCGUUUACUCGCCCAGAUCCUGGCUUCUCCAUGUAUGAAGGUCGUACGCGUGGAAAGAAGCUGAAAUAUACAUACGACGACGAAGACAUGUUCUCUGAAGAUGAAACUUCAGUCCGUCGCUCAACUCGUGGUGCGGGCACUACUGCAGCUUCCACGGAGUCAUCUCGGCCUCGAUUUACGGCAAGUGGGCGACAGAUUCGGUCUCGUGCAGGAGGUCUCUACGGGGAGACUCUGCUGGCCGGACAAAACGACGGUGCCAAUGAAGAGGAAGACGAUGAGGAAGAAGAAAUCAGCAGACCGCAAAGGACUCGUACCUCCAGGAAUCCUAACGGAUAUUCCGGAUAUGACGCCGAAGAUCUAGAAGAUGCGUCGAUUCAUUCAAGCGCAAACGAAAGUGGCAACGAAUGGCGAGGGCCUGAAGAUGACGAGGAGCAUGAUUUCGAAGGUGACAACGAAGACGAAGAGGAAGAAGCAAGCGAGGAGGACUCUGAUGUCAGCGAAGAGCCAGAAAGCCUGGUUGUACAACUUCGGUAUGGCAGAGGGGACGCACCCAGCAACGGCAAUAUCGAGAUACAGAACGACGAACCGCCCCCUGCAAAAGAUGUCCAAAUGAAGGAUGCCACAGAUACAGCAGCAGCUCCAUCCACUCAAGCGUCGACAAUGCCCCAUCCACCACUUUUAAGUGAGAACCGCGCACCGGAGGCUGCAUCCUCCCUUCCUUCUGUUCCGGUACCCCAAGUGCCAACACAACCCGCGCCGGUCAGCGCUCCGCUGCCUAUCUCCAAGCCUCAAGAAGCCACGCUACAUGAACCGAUAGCCACUGCCUCUCCGUUCCCAGCUUCACCACUAGCUGCUCACCCCGAGGCACCGAAGGCAAACCAGCACACGGAGUCUAACGGCGCUAGUCGGCCUUGA